GGAGAUCAUAAAAGAAAAUCAAGUACGUUAAGGCGUAAAUGUCCUUUCCGAAUAAAGAUUUCUUUGUCAGAAGAUGGACAGUUUCUGGAAAUUCAAAAGGUCGAUUUAACACAUACUCAUACAGUUACUGAAGAACUGUAUAAAGCAUUACCUAAACAAAGAGCACUUGCUGAGAAUGAAAAAAAUGAAGUGAAACACUUGCUCGAAUUACGCUGCAAUAAGAAAUUAGUAAAGAAUUUUAUUAAAACAAAAACUGGUAAAACAUUAACAUUGAAAGACAUAAGCAAUAUUAACACCAGAAUAAAGAAAUCGUUGAAUUUAUCUGAACUGGAAGAAGCUAUACAACAUAUCAAAAGUCAGAAAAAUUCUAUCGUAGAAGUGGUGGUGAAUAAUGAUAAUACAUUAGAAGGAAUUUAUUAUCAAAGUAUAGAAAUGCAUAAUUCUUUUCAAACUUACCCAGAAUUAUUACUGUGUGAUGCUACAUACAAAUUAAAUAAUCUUAGAAUGCCACUAUACAUUUUUCUUAUUAUUAAUGGAAAUGGGCAAGGGGAAGUAGCUGCAACAUUUUUACUUGCAAAUGAAAAUGCUGAUAACAUAAAAGGAAUGAUGCAGAUUUUCAAAAGACAUAAUUUAUGUUGGUCUAAUGUUGUUACAAUUUUUACUGACAAAGACUUCAAAGAAAGAAAAGCAUUUGAGAAAGAAUUUCCAAGGGCAAAAUUAUUAUUAUGCUUGUUUCAUACUCUUAAAACUUUCCGUACAACAAUUACUUGUGAAAAAAUGUGCAUUAAUUCUGCCCAAAGGGCUAAUUAUUUGACAGUACUUCAAGACAUUGCAUUUUCUGAGAAUGAAAGUGUCUACAAACAAAAUUAUGCAAAAUUAAUUGGGUUAGAUUGUGUGAAGGUAACAAAGUAUUUUAAUGAUAACUGGCAUAAUAUACGAAGUGAAUGGGUAAAAGGGUUGUUAAAAAAUUCUGUUACAACAUUUCAACGACAAACCAUUUGGAAUCUCUGAACCAAAAAAUUAAACAAGUUGUUUUAAAGAAUAGUUCUCUUGUGUCAUUUUACAAAGAUCUUUUAAUUUUAUUUGAUUCUAUGCAAGAUGAAAAUAGAAUUAAGGCAUAUAAUAUGGCCAACAAGGUGCCAGUUCAUCACUACCCAAAACCUUCUGUUGAAGAUAGUUACAUAAACUUUUUAACACCCUAUGCAACUUCAUUUGUUUUGAGAAAUAUUGAAAAGGCAAAAAAGAUGACAAAAAUUAAUGAAGAUAUAAAUUUCACAAUACAUGACUGCAGUUGUUCUUUUCGCAUUAACAUGAAACUGCCAUGUAAGCAUAUCUUUUAUGCUCGCUUUGUUAAUAAUGAACAGUUGUUUGAUGAGAAUUUAGUUAAUGUCAAAUUUACUAGAAGAUAUUAUAUAGAGAAUCAAAUACGUUCAACUCAACAGUCAUCUUUUAGCGAAACAACCAAUACUUCAGAAAUAGAAAUACACCAGAUAGUAACUUCACAAAAGCAUAUAUUAUCUGGCCAUGAAAAAUACAAGAAAACAAUGAAAGUAGGUGAAGAAAUUGCAAGUUUUCUUUCAGAAUAUGGCACCAAUGAUUUCAAUGACGUAUUUGAACAGUUCAAGCUUUUUCGUACAUAUGUACAGAAUAGAAAAAAAAUCUUAGUUAUUGAAAAUGUAAGUGAUACUGAUAUGAAUGAGUCAUCACGUGAGGCAACUGAAAGUUCUGUUGCACAAAGCUCCAAAAUUUUAGAUACUGGAAAUUUUGUUGCAUCUUAUAAGAUGGAUGUAGAUUCAAUAGGCCUAGAUAAAGGUAUUUAUGUAGAACACAACUAUUGUAAAGAGUCAUGCCAAAAUUUAGAAGAAAAAGAAGAGCCAUUAAUGGAAUUGAAAAAUAUAAACGUAAACGCGCUUAAAAUGAAAAGAAUUGGUCGACCAAAAGGAGCUGAUACCACAGUCAUAGGAAUGAAAAGGAAAAGAAACAAAAAAAUAAUAGAAUCAGAAUAGCUAUGUACUUUAGUACCUUUGGUACUUUUUAUUGUAUAUGUAUUUUGUACAUACCUACCCUGUUUUUAUUUGAAUAUAUUGCAUAAUAUAAGUACAGAUAUUGUUUUGGUCAUAAAAUAAUCUACAUUGUCAAAACAGUUUAUUAUUAAAACAAAAAAUGUCAUUUAUUGAACUUAUAUCCAAAAGUCCACCACAGAGUAGCACAUUCCUCCUUUUUUGACAAUUUGUUAAUGUCCGGCUGUUUCCAAUGUAGGAAAAAUUGUUAAAUUAUUUUCCCAAAUGUUUGGCGAUGUCCUUCUUUUUUGUCUUUGCUUGGCUGAGGCCUUUUUUUGUUAGAAGCUCGGU